AGCUUGGGUCUGACAAAGGUCUGUGACUGAAUUUGCUUGCUUUGCUGUGCGAGUACCUAAAGAUCAAGCAGAAGCAACAUAAUAACCAGGACCACCUACAUGAUGAAAAAGCAGAUAACUAAUAUGACUGUAGCUAAAUUCAUGGGUAUUUCUCAGUGCCCAGCCUUCCUGGCUAAUGAAAUUACAAGCCAGCUGUCUCAUCCAAAGAAAAGCAUCAUGGGUCACUUUGUCUGGCAGUGUAUGGAAGUAAACAACACAUUCCUGAUGAAGAAUGCUGUAAAACUUUGUCAAAUACAACCUGACCACAAUAUCCUGGAGGUAGGGUUCGGGGCUGGUAUUGGAUUGCAUGAAGCCACAAAGUUCAUGACGGGCCCGGAGGGCAAGCUGUUUGGUCUGGACCCUUCUGAGUACAUGCACAAAGUGGCACAGGAGCGGCUGGCUUCUCACCUGGGUGCAGGUAAAGUGCACCUUCUGCGGGGGCAGGUGGAGAGCAUUCCCCUACCUGAUAAAUGCAUCCAUGGAGUCUACCACUCCAACUGCCACAUGUACUGGCCCGACAAGACUGCUGCUGCCACCGAGCUACUCAGGGUCAUGAAGCCAGGUGCAAGGAUGGUAACCACAGUGGACAUGGCGGUCCUCAGGGGUGGGGUCAGGCAGGGCUUCUUCCAGGGCAUGUCUAUAGAACCAGAGCCUUACAUGGAAGCCCUGAAUGCCGUGGGCUUUGUGGAUGUGCACAAGGUAGAUAAGCAAGAUGGGAGCCGAAACUUCCUGGCCAUCUUUGCUACGGCUCCCCCCACCUCAGGGCCACAGUGAGAAUGUUUCGGAGCACUGCGAAGCGGCAAAAUGCUUUUCAGAAAAUUUGAAUCUAGUAAAGAGAAAAAACGUAAAAAGUGAAAUACAAGUCUAAGACUACAAGGCGUUUUCAGUUCAUCAGCAGUACUGUAUUGAAAACAUGUUAAUCAGGCCGCUGAUUCUGCCUAAUGACAAUAUUAUCUGUCCUUCACCUUUUUGAAUAUCACAUUUACUCAUUUUUAAAAAUGUUUUAUCCCCCAUUCUCUCCAAUUUUGAAUGUCCAGCCUCAUUUAACAAUACUCAUUGCUGCAACCUCUCACCUCUGCCAUUGUUUCUGCUUAUGUGUUUGUUUAUGGAAAUGAUCUUAACCUAAUGUAACAAGCAUGUCAGCUGUCAGGUAAUGAUAAUUGAAGUCAUGUUUUGGCAAAGCUCUGGCAAGGAAGUGGUUUCAGUGAUCAAAGAGAACUCCCUCCCUAACGGAACAAGCACGCUUAGAAAUUACACUGGAGGAAAACUGUGGUGGAGGUUCCGGAAGAUGCAAAGUUAAUUUCAUUGAAGCUCUCGUCUCUUGCGUCAGUAUUGAAAGCUCCUCAAAGAUGGCUGAACCAAAAGUCUACAGUGCCAAAUGAAUAAUAUACUCUUUGGUGUCUGAACUGUCUAAUAAGAGACUAAUAGAAUAAAGAAUUAAGAAAAAACAGGAAGUAAUUUGCACUAUGUUCAAGGAAUUGUGGAAGUCAAAGAUUUAAGAGUGAACACACCUCCAAAAAAUUACACAUCAAGCAAUAUUCCCAUUUGAGUUCCAUUUGAACAUACUGUAUUUGCCUGAGCUGAUUUUCCAAAUAAACAGUUUUCUUUAA